AUGUUCUCUUUUAGGAAAGUUGCUUAAUCUCUUUAAAAUUACACAUAAUCAAAGGGAAGGGUCACCUACACCCUAAUGGCAUUUCUACUAAUCUUCCAUGAUUUGACUACGCAUUAUGCUCGCUUCCCAUUUGUAUUCCAGAUCUUCUGUUCAGAAUGGGGCCUCCUCUUUACCACCUAUCAGAUUUGGCCCUUCCCUCCUACCAAGGAGACCAAAAUUGGUGACGAAGGUGCAUCAGGCUUAGGUUCUGGUUUAGGAAAGUGCACUAAUCUCUCUAAUUUGACACUUUAUCUUAGUUACAAUAAAAUUGGUGACGAAGGUGCAUCAGGCUUAGGUUCUGGUUUAGGAAAGUGCACUAAUCUCUCUAAUUUGACACUUUAUCUUGAAGAUAAUUAAAUUGGUGACGAAGGUGCAUCAGGCUUAGGUUCUGGUUUAGGAAAGUGCACUAAUCUCUCUAAUUUGACACUUGAUCUUGAAGAUAAUUAAAUUGGUGACGAAGGUGCAUCAGGCUUAGGAAAGUGCACUAAUCUCUCUAAUUUGACACUUUAUCUUAGAUAAAACAAAAUGAAUAGUUUAUAAUAAUUGAAAGCAAAGUGUCAUAAAUCAAAUAGAUUAGUUGUCUUAAAAUUUAACUUUAUUUGA